CAGUCUGCGUGUAGCUGGCUAGUUAAUCGCUAUGAUUAGACAAUGGAACAGAACCAGUGUUCAUUUGGAAGCCGAAUAGGCUAUGUGUUUGCAUAGUCGAGCAGGGCUGUGCUUAAAUUGGUGGGAGAGGAGGCGGAUUAGUCUUCUAUGCCAUAUGGGAGAUGAACAAUGGAUUGGAAAAUAUGAAAGCACUGCAAAAAGUUUCAAUAAUGAAUUUAAUGAACUUAAAUUGACUUAUUAUAAUAAUUUUUUUACAAACAUGGCAAAUAGAAUAUAAUUUUAUUUGCAUGUUAUUAGGAUAGAGAGAAAGAGAGAGAUUUUGUAAAGAGCUGCAUUAAACUUUAUCACAAAAAUUCUUAUUUUUACCUGGGUCUGUAUGCAAAUGCAACAACUUAAUCUGUAAUAACCUGAGGAUAGUGAAAAAAUGUCAAAAUCACCAAAGGUCUCAAAGAAAUAAAGGAAACAAGGAUCAAGUAAUGAGAGACAGUAGGCCUAGUGUAUUGCACUGAAAGACACAGGGAGACAUGGAAGCGAUAUGGCUGUACCAGUUCCGAUUGAUCGUUAUUGGCGACUCAACAGUGGGGAAAUCCUGCUUGAUCCGGAGGUUCACAGAGGGGCGCUUCGCACAGGUGUCUGACCCCACAGUGGGGGUUGAUUUCUUUUCGCGCCUGGUGGAAAUAGAGCCCGGGAAGCGUAUCAAACUUCAGAUCUGGGACACUGCUGGACAGGAGCGCUUCAGGUCUAUCACCAGAGCCUAUUACCGUAAUUCAGUGGGCGGUCUGCUGCUGUUCGACAUCACUAACCGCCGCUCCUUCCAGAACGUUCACGAGUGGCUGGAGGAGGCGCGCAGCCACGUGCAGCCACACAGCAUCGUCUUCCUGCUGGUGGGCCACAAGUGCGACCUGGAGGCCCAGCGGCAGGUCAGCCAGCAGGAGGCAGAGAAGCUGGCGGGGGCCUACGGCAUGCGUUACGUGGAAACUUCGGCCCGAGACGCCAUCAACGUCGAGAAGGCCUUUACGGAACUGACGCGGGACAUCUUUGAGCUGGUCAAGUCCGGGGACAUCACCAUCCAAGAGGGCUGGGAGGGGGUGAAGAGCGGCUUCAUCCCCAACGUGGUGCACUCCUCCGAGGAGGUCACCAAGAGUGACCGCCGGUGCCUCUGCUGAGUCGCCCUGCAAAGCUGUCAUUCGGAUUCUGCCCUAUGUCUCCAUCCCUCUACCUCACCCUACCUCAUUUCCCCUCACUUCCCCAAAUCCCAGCCCUGUUUGCUGCUACCCUGCCUCUGCCUUCCUCCACUAAGUCCUCGUCAAUCCUGGUUAAGCCAAACCACCAUUUUCACCAGUUCAUUGGCCGUGUGGUCUUUCCUUCUCUCCUCAUACUUCUCUGUCCCUAUCAUUCAGAGGAGUUGAAGAACUUGCUUCAUAGACCCACAUUAUCCUCUCAUACGCCUCAUUUCAGUUGCCCCCCCCCCCCCCCGAUUGUAUACAUAUACAUCACUCAAGCCUGCAUCUACAGCUCAUAAAUGCAAACAGUGUCUGAGGAGAGUUCUAGAGUUCUCCCAGACAGAAACUGGCCUGGAUCAGUUGUUUCAGUUCUUCUGUGUAUAGUUUUGCAGGGAAUGCAUCAUAUGGAAACUGACAAGAGACACAAUUGGUAGCAUAUCUGUUUCUUGUAAGGUACAAAGAUAUCCACAAACCAGGAAAAUGCACAGUAUCAAAUCAAGUGAACUGCUUCUCCAUGACCACCCUGAUAGGGAAAGGAAGAAGAAUGCACUGUGAAACACUACAUUACUCAUAAAUCUAUGACGUCUCAAACGGAUAUGAGGCAUUUAUCUAUAUUAGUGAUGAUAAAGGUAAUCAGCUUUAUCAUCAGUGAUAUAAAUGAGCAGGUUGAGUUGGGCAACAUAAAGCAUGGCCUUGCUGUUGAAUCAGUGGAGCCAUUCUUUUUUCUGAAUUGCUGAAAAUCCUUGAAGUUUUUAAAGGUUUUUGACAUUUAAGAUUUUUGUGUCUCUUCUUUUGUCUGAUGGUUUUUUUCAUGACAUUCCUAGGUCAAUAUUACCACCCUGUGCUACAUGAGAUGCAAUGACGUAGCUUUAAAGUAGAAACUGUGUUAUGCUGUGUUGCUUGCUGAGAUAACACCUUUUUUAGUUACAUAUACUUUAUUUUACUUAUUUUUAUAUUGUGGUUCACAUUCGGCAGCGAAACCACUGUUGUGGCACCAUUUCAUUCUCAGCUCGGAACUGUUCUUACCUGUGUAUGACCUGUACCUCAGCGUGUCUGCUUGGCGCCUGUCUCUGUGCCUAAUCCACUCAUUUACUGAUCAGAAAUUUCCUGCUUGUUAAUCAAAGCUUUCGAAUGCUUGGCAGGCCAGUCCCAUCUUGGAAUUUUCCAGUCCCCUUGCAGUAUUACAAGGGCUUUUACUUGGAUUGACGUAAGACUUAAAAGUACAAUGGCUACAUAAGCCAUUAAGUCUCUGACUAG